AUGCACGCCUCGGUCGCGCUCCGGCGGGGGUGCGCGCCCGCGCCCGGGAGGCGCGCGACGGCCGGCCGGCGCCACCAUCCGCGCCCCAUCCCGCCGACCGCGGUCGUCGACGACGAGGACCGGUGGACCGAGGAGGUGGCGCGCGACGAGCAGCCGGAGAUCUCGUGGGCCGAGGAGCGAAGGCUGCGGAGGAUGAGCGAGCGAGCUUCAUCGACGACGAAGAGCAGCGGGAAGCCCGCGCCUCCGGGAGGCCCGUUCUCGGGAGGCGCGCCGCGGCUGGCGCGCGCGUCCAGACCGGCGCCCAUCAAGGAGUACCUCCGCCUCGUGGAGCUCGGCGACGGCGCGUGGGAGCUGCAGAGCGCCACCGCGGUGUUUCGACGGAACGCGCGCUUCGAUCCGACCACGGGCGAGUGCGUCGCGCCAGCGCAGGAGGUUGCGCUCGCGGCGACCGUGCACGUGGGGGAUCCGACGUAUUACCAGGGCCUUCAGGAGGAAUGCGACGCGGACUACGACGCCGUGCUCUUCGAGCUCAUCACGGGGGAGGAGAACCUGCGCGAGGGGCGGGCACCCGAGUCGACACGAGGAGGCGCGCGACACGGAGGAGACGAAGAUGAGGAUGAUCACAAUCGCGAUCGCCGGGACCCGUUCCUGCCGCAACUCGCCGUCGCGCUGGCGCCCACGCCGGACGCCCGGCGACUGGCGGACACGCACUUUCUCGUGCCACAGCUGGACGCGCUGGACCUGUGCGGCGACAACUGGUACGUCGCGGAUAUGCCCAAGCAGGAGCUGGCGCGUCUGCAGGCGGAGGCGGGCGAGGCGAUGAUGGCGACGUCGUCGAGGUCCGUUCCCGGCCCAUCCGUCCCGACCACGUCGCCCGCGCUCGAGGCGCUGGUGGUCACCGCGAAGGGGCGCGCGGGGGGCGGCCCGCUGCGGCAGGCGACGCGUUUAGUCUGCUGGCUCGUGCCGUGCCCCGAGGCGCACUUACUCUUACUCGACUGGGUCUGGGGCGGCGGAAGGCCCGCGCCCGUGCUCGGAGCGCUGCUGGACUCGCUGGCGGGCGGGAACAUCAUCGCCGCGAGGCGCUUGGCGUUCGCGCAGAUGAUCGUCAGCGCGCAGGCCAAGGGCGCUGUGGGCGGGGGCGCGGACGUGCCCGUGUUGGUGGAGCGCCGAAACGACGUGGCGACGGAGUGCCUCGCCAAGGCGCUAGACGCCCCCGGGGUCUCGAGGGUGAGCCUCCUGUACGGCGGUCUGCACAUGCCGGGUUUGACGCGCAGGCUGACGGAGCAGCUCGGUUUGGAGCCGAGCACGCAGCGGUGGAGGGCGGUGUGGAGGGUGGAGCCGCCCGGGGCGAACAACGCGGUGCGGUGGGCGGCGCUUCCGUUACUUCUGUUUCUGGACGGCACGGAUUGGGCGGCGACAAUCACGGAUGCGGCGGCGGCGGCGGAUGCGGGCGCGUUGGGCGCGGCGGCGGCGAUGGGCGCGCUGUACGUGGUGCGUCACGGCGCGGUGUACUACUCGCUGGGUAAGUGGGUGCUGGAGUGGAACAGGCAGCUCUUCGACGGCUCCGACGGAGUCAACAGCUGA